CCUUGCAGAACGUAAUAACAUCCCACUCCUUUUGAUUUUUAAUCUCUAACACCCCGCAGAAGUAAUUGCACCUCCGCUUAGCUUUACGUACAGACCUACACCAGAGAAGCGCCCGUGGGUGCAGCAAAACGUCACUUUCCAGAAUAUUACGCCAUGAAGUCGUGUCCGUGACGGGUGUGACGUCAUGAGCGCCCCCGUCACUUUUUCACCUCUUUUUAAUUUUAGGGAUUUUAGGGAAUAUUUUCAAUCCAGCACAAAAAAAGGCACUUUUUUUUUUUUUUUUUUUUCGGUAAUAUAUUAAUUAAAAGCUGGAAAGCAGAGAUUUAUUUGUAUUUAUUUUAUAUUUUCCAAGGGAAAGUUGCUACCUGCUGCCUGAGCAGGUUUUAGCCCGGUUUUAGGGCAAAAAAGCUCUUUUCCUGAAUGCGGUUGAAUUAAAAAUCCCCAUUUAUUCCCACUUUUAACCAAGGAGCCACCAGGAAUGUUUCCGCAGCCGCCAGACACCUCCCUAUAAACAAAGCGCAGCUCUGCGGAUUUGCAUCCCCUUAAAAUAUGAUUUUUAGUUUUGUUUUCCUGGCUUUUGGGGGCUCCCCUUCCCAGCCCUGACGAGAUUUAUUCCGAAAUGCAUUUAAUCAGCGAAUUAUAUUUAAUCGAGGUGGUGUUGGAGGGGAAAGGGGGUGAGGGGGUUCUCCCCCGGCUUUUUUCGCUGCUGUUAACUUUUUGCAACGUGGUUACUUGGUAAUUUAAGACCCAGCGAAGUCCCGUUUCCGCGGGGAGAUUUCGGUGUUGCCUUCUUUUGUUGGGCUGAGAUUCGCCAAUAAAUCUGGGAAGGAAAAAAAUAAUGAAAUAAAUCACCACCCCACCCUCCAUUAAAAAACAAGAAUAUUUGAGAAUUAAACCCCUCCACCCGUCGCGAUAUCAAGGCGGGGGGAGAAAAAAACGUAAAUAAAGGCUUGAAAGGGUAAAAAAGUGCUUUUAAGCCUUGGCAGAAAGAAGAGGGAUAAAUUUCAGAAGUAGGAACAGAUUAAUUUCUCUUCCCCACACACCUCCCGGUUUCCUGGUUAGCAGACAUGUGUUUUGACAAUUGCCAGAAUUCUCUCUUUUUUUCCAACCUUCCAACCCCUGGAAACGUGUGCAGCAACGGAGAGGGUUUGCAAGCGAGAAAACACCCUUUAUUUUUUUCCUCCCCCAUUAUUAUAAUUAUUAUAUUCUAUUUUUCUUUCGCGCUGAGCGUUGCAACUUGAAGGGAGUCGCCCUGAACUUUUGGUGCACUUUCCCAAAAGCAACUCUGGGAAUAAAAUCAAGGCAACAAGAACACGUUUAAGGCCAUUUCCCUUCACCACGCUGGAAAAAAAAAAAAAAAAAAGAAAGAAAGAAAGAAAGAAAAAAAGAAAAGGAAAAAAAAUCAAUAGGGAAAGGCAAAGAAAUGACUCGUCUGGGCAACUCUACGGGCGGUGCACGGGGUGGUAAAUACUCUUCUUUAUUCACCUAAGGCGAAAAAGGGGUUUACGGAGGUUUGCGUUGGGGGAAAAAAAAAAAAGCAAAACUGGCGCUGGUUGUAUUUUUUUGCAGCCCCUUUUCUUGGGGGGAUAUAGGGGGAAAGUGGGUGUUGUCGCGACUUAUGGCCCUGUGUAUCUUGGUGCAGAAAAUGCCUUUUAAUUAACAAAUAAAGCUCCCCAAAUAGGCCGCCCUUUUCCCCACGCGGUGUCUGCAGCAAGGAAUCAAACUUUAAAUACUCUCUAAAGCUCUGGAUAAGGAAUAUUCAGAGGAAGGAGAGAUUUCAUCUCCUAUUUUUUUUAAUUAAGAGCUGCCCAGACUCUGACUCCGGGCUUGUAAUUACAGAGAAUAGAGACGGCUCCAAAACAAUGCGAAGCCAUUUCAGGCUGGGGAGAGGUAAAUAAACCACGAGUUUGUUGUUGUUGCCCCUUUUUUCCCCCUCUUUUUUUUUUUUAUGGGGGGUGUUGUUACCCCUAUUUUAUUUUGUAUUUCUUUUAUUUUUAAGCCCUAUUUCCAGCGAAAAGGAGAGCGAUAUUGGAGUAGGAAAACCCUGUUGUAAAGAGCAGGAAUAAAUUCCCAGCGAAAGACCCAAAUAAAUAAUUAGGACUCACGUGUGCCAUAAAUGUCAAGUUAAAAAAAAAAAGGGGGGAAAAAAAAAGAAAGGCAGAAGGGAGGGGGGAGGAAGAGAUCCCAGAUACAAGGUGAAAUCAGUUUAAAUAAAAAGGCUUUUAAUGGCACCGCUUGUAUUUACCUCUAAGAGCUUCGAGGAUUUAAUCAGAUGGGAGCGCGCAGCCCUAGGGCCAUAUGGGGGGGAUGUGUGUGUGUGUGCAUGGGCCUUGCACACGCAUAGGUGUGGGCAUUUUAGGGGUGAGGGGGGUCCAGAUUAAGGGUGUCCCCCCUUCAGUGUGUUCCCAAAGAGGCAUUUUUGUGGCAGUUUAUAGCAAAACCCACUCAUUCUACCUGAAUAAAUUGAAUUUUUAAGGAGGGGGGUAGUAGGUCCAUACCCCCUUAGCACCUCCCAACCACCUACUAUGACACGCAUGGGGUGUGUGUGUAGGGAGCCCCAUCUCUUGCCCCACGCAGGGGUCAGCCCCGAGUGGGCAACGUGGCUGGAAAGGGAAGAAAAGAGGCGCCCCCCCAACCUAACCCCCCCGCUGCCAGUAGCGGUGUCUGCAGGCGGUUCAGGGAGGGAGGGGAAAAGGGGGGGGACACCGAUUUGGAUUUGUUUCCUUUCAGUAAUUACUGAGGGAUAGAAAACACAUGUGUUGGAAUUGCUUUUUUUUUUUUACCCCCCCCUUUUUUUUUCUUCUUCCCCUAAAUCAGUUCAUCAAUUCGCAAAUUAUAGCUGGGAGCGGGGGGGGGGAGGGGGGGAGGAAAUCUCCCAACACGUUUUUCUUUCUAUUUUAUUCUCCGCCCCCCCGGCCUUUCUCUGUGUGAGCAUCAGUGGGGGGAGAGGGAAGAAAAAGAAGAGGGAGGGGGGAGAAUAUAGCUUAUGAGUGGUGAAUGUUAUUUCGGAUUUCUAUGGGCGCUUUUCUUUUCUGGGAACAAAGAGCAACUCCUAUUAAAGAGCUACUCGAAGACUUGUACAUAUUUCUACUGCUGUGUAGCACUUUUAAUAAAACAUCUGUUCUUGCUUCUGCUGAUGAGUUUACAUAAUUGUUUGCAGACCAAUUUAACCAGAAAGCGCCCCACAUAUUCCCUCUACAUGUUUUCAUGGGGGAAAAAAUAAAUACCUUUUUGGUAGUGACAUAGCUUGAUGAAAUACUUUCGACAAAUCCCCAAACUGCUAGAAAAUAUCAAUGGGGGGAAAAAAUAAUAUAUAUCCAGUGCAUUCAAAACGUGAGGCAAUGAGUAAAACAUACUUUAAUGAUGCCUCAUUUGUAUUUGCAGGAGGUUUUGGGGUGGUGCUGCUCUAUUUUUUUUUUUUCACCCCCCUCCUUCUCUCCCUUUUCUCCCCAGAAACCUGGUUUUUAACGUGGGGAGAGGAUUCUAUUUUAAGUUUCUUUACGGCAGCUGGUUUCUGUUCACUAUAAAUCGACCAGACUUUUAAGACUUGCCCUCUGUUUAGAGAAGUAAUAAAACACUUAACUUUCUCGACUCCUAGUCACACGGUUAUCACACAGGUCUCUCGAUACAACAGCCCCGAGCACCUAUACAAAACAGAAAAGAAAAAAAGGGGGGGCAAAAAACCGAAAAAUAAUAAAAAAGAAAAACAAUAAUUAAAAAGAAAAAAACACACCCCCCCACAAGGAGCUUUUCCAGGGACUCCUCCAAACUUUGGCGAGGGUAUCAAUGCCCUUCCAUAGGUGCAACUCCCCCCAGCAAAGGUCCAACCCAUCCAGCUGUAGCUACUUUUAAUUUACUCGCCAAAUUACAUCGGGCUGUAAGCAAUACAUAAGGUAAGACAACACGCCAAUAACUGCAAAGCCCUCAUUCAUCCUUCUCUCCCUUCAGCCCAUUUGUUGGACCUUUACAACAAUUUAAUAUCUGGAAGGAGCCUGCCUGGUCAGUGGUUUCCAAAGAAACCCAGCCCUGAAAGGACUUGGGCUCAGAGGAGAGGUGCCCAUGGCUACUGAUAUUUGCAGCACCCCCUUUGCUCCCCAGGUCUGUCCCCCCCGGGUGGGGGUUUCACAUCUCAGCAGAAAGCAGCAAAAAAAAAAAAUAAUCAUAAUAAUACCCCCAGUAAUCGCAUUUCUUUCCUAGUUUCUUUAUUUUCGCCUUUCUUUGACUCCAGAAAUGCCCGGGCAGGCUCUUGGGAAAGGGGAGAGGGAGAAAAGGGAAACGAAAGCAAACUGAAGUUCGCUUUUUGGGGAGGGGGAACCGCCUGCAAAUCUCCCCCAUGCAGAUGAGUCUUGUGUCUGCUCCAGGUUGGGCAGCCCUAGGUGGGAGCCAGCGAGGUCCCCAUGCUAAAGAAGAUGGUGCACACUUCCAGCUCUCCCCUUUUUGGUUAGAAACUUUAUUUUUUCCCCUAGUGACACUCAGGGGAAGCCUUAACGUUAUAGAAGAUGAAUACACGAGCUUUUUUUUUUCAGUUGUAGUCUUGUUUAUGGUUUUAUUGCUACCAUUGAUUACUUUGCUUUGUUACACAGAGGAAAAAGAGCAUAAAAUCCGUUGGCAUCCGGGUUCCUGUUAUAGCUGGGGAAAAAAAUAUACACCCACCCCCCCAACCCUUCUUUGUCAGCUAAAAUCUUUUAGGGAUACAUCGCUAAAAAAGAAAUCAAAGGAAUUAAGUCUAUUGAUUGAGAGGAAGACACACAAAUAACUCUCAGGUUUGAAUUGGAGUGUGCACCCACAAACCUUCCUCUCCCCAGCCCCCCUCACCCACGUUUAAAAUAAAAACGUGGACACGAUGGAUGUUUAAAAAAAAAACAACCAACAACAGAGAGGAGGCCAGGGUUUCCCUGCCAUAAUUGAAUUUUUAAAUAGCAAGCCACCAGAAUGAUAAAGAUACCUCGCAAUAUUUACAGAUCAGCAGGUAUGUUUUACAUUUAAGGGGCAAUUUAUGGCUCUAGAUUGAAAUUAAAAUUAGAUUAGCUGUCUUCAUUUCAAUUAGGUCUAGGUGCAAUCUACCCAGAGAAGAUAGGAUAGAAUCUCCCCUUUCAUCUAACUAAAUAUUUGCAGGAGAAGUUUCCCAAUCAGUUGUAAAUAUCUGCAACCAUAAAUUGCUGCAAACACCAACACGAGGUUGCGUCCCCAGCCCAGGCUCCCCAUUCCAAACAGAAAUGCUCUCGUUAUUUUUUAUUGUAUUUAUUUCUUUUUUGCUGCUGUUGUAGUUGAAAAUGUAAAUAUCCUCCAGCUUUGAGAAUGAACAGGGAAACGUUUGAGGGGAGAAAUGUCAAACUCGAGGAGAAAUCUAACUUCCAGGCUAACGAACACAACCGUUUGAUUCCAUAAUAUUGACCAAUGCUACAUGAGAACAAGAAGGAGAAGGAAGAAAAAAAAAAAAAAGGAGGGUAAUUUAUGGCUUAAUAUUCUGUGGACAUCUGAGAUUUAUUACUGUGAAUUCUGAGCUAUUUUAUUACAAGAUAUUAAGCAAACAUUGCUUAAAAAAACCCACCCAACACAACAACAACACACACACCACAACCCCAAAGCACAAGCCCUAUAACGCACAGACACACAGACGGUGCUUCCAAACCUCAAUGACCAUUAGCAGAAAAGGGGGGUGAAGGGGAAAGGGGGGGGGAGGAAAAGUUAAGCCUGGGUUAAGAAAUUUGCCCCCCCCCCCCCCUUUCCCCCCUUCAGCGACAAGCAGGAUCCCCAGCCCAGGAGCGCUCCCCUCCCCACCACAUCCUCCCCAUCCCCCGGCGCCCCGGGGGUGCUGGGGGGGGUUUGGGGGUGCAGGACUUACUUUCCAUGCCCACUUAGUUUCAACUAGGGAAUCAACAGAAGCAAAAGCAAUUUUUUCCCUUUUUGACACCCGCCUCCCCAUUGGCUCCCCCCGGGUCAGCUGACUUUGUCAUUUUGUCUGUCCUGGAGCAGAGCCUUCCCUAUAACAAUCUAGUUCAGACUACAAACUGGAGACAGAAAUAAAUAUUAAAGAAAUCACACAGCCAGGUGUAGAGGACGAUAUGAAUUCCUAUUUUACAAACCCAUCUUUAUCCUGCCAUCUAACCAGUGGCCAAGAGGUGCUUCCCAACGUAGCCCUCAAUUCAACUGCCUAUGACCCUGUCAGGCAUUUUUCUACUUAUGGAGCAGCCGUUGCUCAAAACCGGAUUUAUUCUUCUCCUUUUUAUUCACCGCAAGAUAAUGUUGUGUUUAGCUCCAGCCGAGGACCUUAUGACUAUGGAUCUAAUGCUUUUUACCAAGAAAAAGACAUGCUUUCUAGCUGCAGGCAAAAUUCUAUGGGACAUAAUACACAGACAUCAAUCGCACAGGAUUUUACCAGUGACCAAAACAGGAACACUUCGCAAGAACAAAAAACUAGCAUUCAAAUAUACCCAUGGAUGCAGCGUAUGAACUCCCACAGUGUCUGUUUUGUCUCGGCAUCCCUAGGAGUGGGCUACGGGGCCGACCGCCGGCGGGGCCGCCAGAUUUAUUCCCGUUAUCAAACCUUGGAGCUGGAGAAGGAAUUUCACUUCAACCGGUACCUGACCCGGCGAAGGCGGAUCGAGAUCGCCAAUGCUCUGUGCCUGACGGAGCGGCAGAUUAAAAUCUGGUUCCAAAACCGGAGGAUGAAAUGGAAAAAAGAAAGUAAUUUGAGUUCAACCCUCUCCGGGGCGGGGGGGGGGGCCGCCGCCGCCGCCGCCGACAGCUUGGCCAAGGAGGAGAAGCGAGAAGAGACAGAGGAGGAGAAGCAGAAGGAGUGAAAAAGUGACAGCUCGGCGGCAGGACCCCCCCUUCAACCCCCUCCAGACCCGUAUUUAUCACUGGCACAAUGUUUGGCUACGUUAAAAAAAAAAAAAAAAAAAGGAAAAAAAAAAA